UUUCCUAAAAUUUUCAUGUUGCUUAUCGAAAAGGACAUAACCUCUACGCGUUGUGUAAAUAAAUGUGAAUUGUUGAUAUGUGUCGUUUAAAGAAUGUUCUUAUUAUGUUUCUGAAGGAUAUAAUUUGGUAAUAUAAACUAGCACAGUGUACUUUAUAAUGGCUGUGACCAGUUGGAGGCUUAGGCGUCAAAACAUACGAUCCGGCAGGUUCAGGUCAACCAAACAGAACAAACAGGAAGAUGUAUUGUCAACAUUAUUAAAUAAGGAUCCCCAUGACAGCUUCAGACAGAUUUUAGGGAAAAUUACCGAGUGCGGGGUAGAAGAAGAGGUACUCUUCAAUUACCUCAAUGCUUUUGUAAAGCUGACUCUUCAUUAUGAGGAUAACUUGGAGAAAAUACGGUAUCAUACUGAAGAUCUGUUGCUGUGCCUAAGGAUAUCUUUAACACACGAAUCGAGCCAAAUAAGGACAGCUGGACUGCGAUGUAUACGACAUGUGCUUAAAAAUGAAAAUGAUGUUGUACAGUUAAAUAAGUUAUUAAUUCCUUAUUUAUUAGCAAGGUCGUUGGAUCUCGUUUUAAAAAACGAUGUGGAGCGGAUCGAGGCCAUGAAGCUUAUGAGGAAGUGUUUAAUCAUCGCACCGUCUAAAUUUAGCAUCUCGAUGGUCAGAAGUUUGAUAUCUCUCGCAAACGAUGGUGCAGAAGCAAAGGAUAGGCUGUUACGCAUAUGUCUGGCUACGCUGUCGGAACUAGGUGUGUUGAAUUCAAAAUUAUUCAUCGUGUCUGGGGGAGUUACGGCUAUAUCGAGAAAUUUGUUAGAAUGCCAAACCCCUAAAAUCGCGGAGUCCCUGUGUGGCGUACUUCUGUUGUUAUUGGAUAAGCCGUCGACGAGAAAUUACGCAGCUAUCGAUUUGCACAGUGUCGCAGCUCCGUUCUGUGAUUUCCAUUAUAAACACGGCUGGAAGGAUAAAAGCAGGAGAGACGAAAGGGAGUUAAGGUUGAACUGUAGCCGACUAGCUCUUUUAACCAUUUUAAGGAGUUGGUCCGGCAUACUACAUUUCUGCAGCCCCAACGAUAAAACUGGUUUCAGAGCUAUCGUAGAAGCUUUGUACUUAAAUCAGUUAGAAGUUAGAAAAUCAGUAUUAGACUUAUUAUACGAACUGCUAGGAUUACCUCAGCCGGAGUGGUCCGACGAGGUGUCGGUGGCCCUCAGCGCGGUUGAUCCCUGCGAACCGCAGGCUUCCUGGAGGCUAAACGAGGGUUUCGUGGUGGCAGAGGGCAGAUCAGUCCUGCCGCACCUAGCGAAAACCACGCCCAGUACGACCGACAUGCAUCUGUCCCUGUUGCUGUACUGCUUCCUGGAGAGCGGACUUUUGGGGGCUUUGACUGAGGUUAUCGCCACGAGCGAUACUUUUAUAAGCGUCAGGGCGACGGUCCUGUUAGGUGAACUUUUAAGGCUUAUUCAGGUGUUGUUGCCCCCGGGUUGUUGUAACGUGUCACCGUCGUUACCGUCCCUGUUAGAGUACGCGACAAAGAGUAAGCCGCAGGCCAUUGCCGCCAUAACGGCUUUGCAGCAGCUGCAUAAAUUAAUGAAAAGAAGACCCGCUUCGUACAGCCUCCACUUGGACUAUAUCAUAAGAAACAGCUAUCACAAAAGACUGGAACACAAACAAGGAAAAAAUUCCCGUAGCAAACAUGGUGGUUUAAAGUCCAAACUCCAUCAGGUAACAAAUAAUAUUGGUGAAUUGGUGUUAAAGGACGGAGACGACGUUAUUAAGGAAACGGGCGUCCUCCUCAGCAACGACGCCUUCACUUGGGACUGGAAUUUGAUCAAAAUUCUACUAAAAGGCGAACACAACGCUAAAAUCGACCUGCUGGACUCGUCGUACCGAACGUUCGUGAAGAAACUCGUGGAAUUCUUCAUGCCUUCAAAGAAUAAAUACUCUCACAUGGACCUGGGUACGUCCAAGACGAGCCUCGCAUACACGACGGCAGGCAUAGAACUGAUCAACUUCCUCAUCGAACUGAAGGAGCCGGAAUACAACGGCAUCAAGCCCCACACGUUGAUUAUGGAGCUGUUCAAAGACAUCCUGAGUAAUAUCACGGCCAUAACGACGAGCAGGAGCGUCCACGAUUGCUUGUUCAGUCCCCAGCACAUGGUUAACACUCAGUGCCAGAGUUAUUUCUUGUUUAUCGGUCAGUUCGCCAGGACCGAUUUCGGGUUGAAGAUGCUGGAGAAGAUGGAUAUGUUCUCGAGGUUAAAGGAGCUAGCGACGACGACCAACCACGAUUGCUACGUAAAACUAAUCAUCUCGUCACUGGAGUACAUAUUUCCAGGCCCGUGCAGGGAAAUCUUAGAAGCGGUCUUAACCUGCAACUUGGAAAGUUCCCGCCUAUACGCCACUCAAUUCCUGCAUAUCUUACUGCGAGCUGGAAACCCCUUAUUCUCCAGCUGGGCCGUACAGCUCCUCGUCAGCCAGCUGUACGAUAAGUCGCGAUCCGUAUAUCUAUCCGCCCUGGCUACCUUGCACGAGGCCUGCGAACUCCCGGAUUGCCUCGAGGCUUUGGUCAACAUCAACCCGAAUCUCGACAAGCUGGGCGAGAAGGGCACUAUUUUAUUCAUAAGGUUUUUGUCGACGGAAAGUGGGUAUAAUAAGAUAAUUAGCGACUUAAGUAAAGAUAAGGUUAUCGGGGAGAUAAAAAAAUGGGACGAUUAUUUUAUAUAUAGGUACGUAAAGUUGGCGGAGGGCGAUAUAUCCGACGCCCUCACUUUACACCAACGGAACGAGGCGGGGAAGUACGAUAAGCGAGUUAGCACGUUGAGGAAUAUCAAUCGGAAAGACGUUUUUCUGCCGCCUCACCUGUACGGGCAGCUUAGCAAGCACGCCGAUGGGUUCGAUCUGCUGAUGAGUCACGGCUCGGCCGAGAAAUUGAUAGAGAUUAUAAAAAAAGCAAGGGCAGAUUCCGAAGACGACAUCAUCAAGCUAAAAGCGUCUAUAUGGUCGCUCGGCCACUUGGGCAGCUCCACCAGAGGGUACAACUAUCUCAACUCCUUUGGCGUCGUCGAGAACAUCAUUAAUCUGGCCACCAAGUCGCCAGUGUAUUCCAUCAGGGCCACCGCCUUCUAUACUCUAGGCCAACUGGCCACCAUACCGAUCGCCGCCGACGACCUAAGCAGAAAGGGCUGGUUGUGCACUCGACAUAACAGACACGAGUACUGGCCCAUCAUAAGGGAGGAAUACGAAGAGGGCGUUCCUUUGAAUCAGUGCAGCGUCUCGACUUCGGACGACAUCGCGUCGUUGGAUAACCCCUUCACGUACGACUUUGAAAAUAUCGACGAGGACCAGGUGGACAACAUCGAGGCUCGGGACUUUUUAAGGUCUCCCGUUUGCUCUCCAGAUAAUAGGCGGGUGCGACAAUCGACGCUACCGGCAAACAGAAGACCUCCCGUCGUGUUCCAUAAGAGAUCCCUCUCCGAAUCGAAAACGUUUGACGUUAACAAUGGUUACGAGGAGGAGAACAGGCCUAGUUUGAUGCCAUUGACGUUCGGCAGGCACAGGAAUAGUUCUAUGACGGAGUCGACAACUUCGGGAGUUAGUUCGUGCGACUCACUGCAUAAUAAACACGGAACUUGCGUAAAUUACAUGAUGACAUUAAGUCCCAUCCCGAGCUCGUCUAGCUUAAGCACCCUUCAGCUGCCCCCCGGGCAUUUUAAAAGGGUAUCGCACAGGGUCUCCUCGAACAGUGCCACCAAUUCGGACGUAUCGUCCUCUCUCAGCGGAAGCGUCUCCAACGAGCUGAGCAUUCAGAAUCUGAUCGGGUACAACACGAUGCGGUUACUAAGAAGAGCGGAAGGACUGAGUUUCGACGCCCAGCAUUGCGAAGAAGAUUAUUUGUUCAAACCCGCUCCCCAUUUAAUGGUGCCAUCGUUGAUAGACGACUUUCGGGUGAUGGACACCAGCUUCACGUCAGUUUUUAACAUCCAGAAUUUCGAUAUCGAUACUUCGGUCGCUCACGACGACAAGCAUUACAUGGGGAUAUGCCUGCCGAAAAAUUUGUCGGUUCUGUUUCCGAGCCAAGAGGAAAUCUUCAGAGAGCCUUACAUUUUUCCGGAAGGUAUGUUGUGGGAGGAUAGUUGCGACAGUGAUAUCAGCGAGACGUCCUACAGGAAAAGUUCCAAUUUUUCCAAGCACUUCAAGCAGAGCUGUCUGUAUUGCUGUCAGUUGGAAGAACUGGAAAAUCCUGAGGAAGAGACUACCGAUCAAACAGUUCGAGCGGAGGUCUUGAGAAACGUAGAACGGCUAGCGAAUCCCGUUUGGAAUAAGCAGGUGCGUUCACACCUCCUCCGCUUCAAGCAAAGAGAGCCUCACGUCUUCAGAGACCUUUGCACGUACUCGGAAGUAUGCAGGAUGAUUUCCGAGACCGCUUACAGGUUAUCGACUAGGAGGCUACUGCACGAGCUCUUCUUUGACGUUUCGUUCGUCGGUUUAUACGAGAUGCCGCAAAAAAUGUUAGAAUCCGGAGUCAAGAGAGGUAGUUUUCAGAGAGCGGGUACCAGCGUUGAGUCCGCUUCCAGCGAGAGGGACAGGAAGAGUUUUUCUAGCGACGUUUCCAGCCCCACGGAAUCGGUAAAGACGCUGGACUCGUUGAAGUUAAUAUUUAAUGAAAAUAAGUUCCCUAUAAGGAAAAAUACUAAUUAAGGUGAAAAUGUAACGACAUUCUCGGCAGAUUAGAGUAAGGAUCGUUUCUGUUAAGUGAUGUUUGUAUACUCAUGCCCUUUCCGUUUUUCCGUUUACCCGAAUCUAUACUGAGCCGACCGCCGGUAGUUUAUUUUUAGACUGCUAUUAAAAGUUCCUCUUUUUAUACGUUUCCUCCUGCCAUAAGGUAUUCUAUUGUAAGCGACAAUUCACGUAAUAUGGAAGAAUCAUAUUCAAGAAUAUUUAUAAUGCCUUGAAAUGACUAAUUAUGUAUUCACUUGACUGUACUUUAUAAUACCUUUGUAAUAUUUAAUUCCGAGAUUAAAUCUUUAUUUGUAAAUAAAACAUAUUUACUUCG